UAAACUGCACACGUUAUGUUCCUACCAAUCUCACACCUUGCUCUCCCUGUAUACUGUUAUUGAAGGUAAACUGCACACGUUAUGUUCCUACCAAUCUCACACCUUGCUCUCCCUGUAUACUGUUAUUGAAGGUAAACUGCACACGUUAUGUUCCUACCAAUCUCACACCUUGCUCUCCCUGUAUACUGUUAUUGAAGCAAUGGGUCAGGAGUUUCAUGUGUUACGAUGCUUCUCAUGCUUGGUCUUCCAGUCGCAUCAAGUACGGAAGGAUAGAAAAUUUGCUUGUAAAUUGUGUGGAGCAAAGCAGUCCGUUAAAAAGGAUUAUGGUCGAGGAACAGGCAAGGACUGCAGAGUGCAUGUACAAAAGCUCAACAGUUUAAGAGGAAAUCUUGAAGAGCAAGAAAAAAGGUUUGAAUCGCAGCAUGAAGAGCAUGAUGAACCUGGGUCUCCUUGGAAAGCUUCACCUCAAACCAAUGGUACAUUCACUUCUGACUGUCAUGACACAAACAUUGGAAACAGUGCAGAUAAUGUAGAUAGGGCAUCUAGCAGUGUAUAUGAACCAAAAAGCAAAUGGGCAAGCUACAUAACACCUGAAGCAGAUAACAGUGAAGAAGAUACUGUAGCAGACACAGCUCCUGGGAUAUCUUUCAGGCACAAUCAUAUAAAAGAAAGUUUGGAUACUGUACUAAGGCACAAGGCACCUCAGAUCAUUCAGAAUAAAUAUGCUCCCCAGAAUAGUCACCGAGAACCUGUUAGGAGUCGUGUAAAGAAGACAGGACUUUUAAAAUGGAAUAAAGGACAGCUUGGCCCAUAUCCAGGAUGCUCAGUUGAUGUGAGAAGAAAUAGAUCAGCUGCAAAUGAGAUAUUAAUUAAUAAACCAGCUUUGAUAGGUGGUGGAGAGCCAAAUGGGUUAGUGACUGUAGAUAAACAAUCAUUCAAAUCAGAAGAGGAAGAGAUUGACGAAAGUAUCACUUCCCGAGGAACUGUCAAAAUCUCAACUACAAGUAUGACAGUCAUGGCAUGUAAACAGCAGUGUGGAGAUAAUAAAGAACAUACAGCAACCUUUGCAGACUUGGAAAUAAGGAAUCUUUCUAACUUUAAGGUUGGGCAUACAGCAUUUUAUGGUAACAGUUGUGUGAGCUCUAAUCAGAGGUGUGAAAUAGAAAGUCCCUUUCUAAGUAAAUCUGAUAAGUCGCUGGAACAGAAUGCUGAUCCUAGUUUUAUAAGCAAAUCAAAAGAAAUGUCUAAGAAUUGUGGAUGGUCACAGCAAGGAGGUAUUUUGACAGGGUGUACCAUUAAUGACAAUCUUAAGAGUAAGGCUACUGCUAUUGAUGAUAACCAAGCUAUACAUGAUAUUUCAUUAGGUAAUGAAAGUUAUCCUGUACACAAACUAAACCAUUUCAUAGUUAAACAAAACAUCACACAGAACCAUGUUCUAACAAAUGCUAAAGAAAAAUCAGUCUCAUCAUCAAUGAAUAAGGAAAGAUCCUUGCCCAUAAAGAAUCAGUUAACUAGUGCAUCACUUAAGAACUCUUCAGGUGUUCCUCAGGGUGUGCAUGGACCUACUUUAGCUUUGUCACUAAAUCAUUCUGAUUUGAGUAAUGAAGGUAAUAAUAAUAAUUGCUCAAAAAGAAUGUAUAGUUCUAUACAACUGUACAGCAAGUAUGAAGCAGCAGAGGAGCUUGAUAAUUUGACUAAUUUUGAUUUGUAAUUUUUUCCUAUACAGAAUGUAGUAGUUUGUUACUUGUACAGUGACAGGGUUGCCAGAUUGGGCUACAAGUAGCGAAUUGGGCUACUUUUGAAAGCUCCGCGCUCCCAAAUUUUUAAUUUCACUACUUGCGACUUUUUGGGCUACUUUAAAAGCAAGUUGGGCUAGUUUGGGCUAGUAAUAUUAACAAACUGAA